UGCGAUCGCCACGCAACGGCGCCAUAGCUGUGGAAGUUCGCGUUGCCGUGGCGUUGAGGAUCCUGGCUGGCGCCAGUUACUGGGAUGUCCUACUCAUGUUUGGCUUGUCGGUGGCGGUCACAUACCAGAUCUUGUGGGAGGUGGUCGAUGCCAUCAACAACACGCCUGCGGUUGGGGCAUUUGACUUCCCCCUGACCGAGGAAGGAUGCAUGCGAAACGCCAACAGAUUCAAGGACAAGAGCACCGAUGGCGUUUUCUCGUGGGUCGUCGCCGCCGUGGAUAGUCUGUUCAUCAAGACCAAGGCUUCGUGUGCGAAAGAGACCAAAAACGUCAUCGCGUACUACUCUGGCAGCAAGUCUGCCUACGGCAUCAACGUGCAAGCGAUUUGCACCGCCGACUACCGGUUUUGCGCAAUGUCGGCGAUCUCUCCAGGCUCGACGAACGACUGGGUGGCAUGGAAUCGAUCAUCCCUCGCCAAGGCCGUCGCCCGCUUGCCCGCCGGAUUUCAAAUCAUUGGUGACGACGCCGCCUACCUACCCCAUCGGAGAGAAGGCAGCUCAGAGGACGCGCGGAUCUCAUCACAGCUCUUUUUCAUGUGCACAACUUCCUGCAAGACGAGAUGGUAG